CUCUUAACAUCACUACGUAGUUGCAAAACAAUUUCAGGAGCAUAUAAGGUAGGCGUGUGGGUUGUUUUUUCAUUUUUUCACCUUUGUUGUAUUAUAUUCUCAAUCAAUGCACCUAUCUAAGGUCUGCAAUAGAUCUAUGGUAAUUUGAUUUACCCCUAAACGAAAAAUUUUGCCUCUUCAUUCGUAAAGGUAAAAAAAUUACGUAACAGUGCUAUGAUCACCUUGAUGAUGGCAUCUGAUCAGGCCUAAUAUGAUUUUCGCCUUUAAGCCUAAAACACGGUGGUUUUUAAAUUCGUGAUAGCCUGUUGCAGGUGUUUGCUAUAGUUUGGAAUGAAUCGUACCACCUUCCAUCAUAUCUGACCGUGGGGCCACACGCAUGCCUCUUCAAAACCCUCUUCCCUGUCCCCCCUUUUCACUGCCCUUCUCACCUCAUAGGCGGCGGAGCAGGAGGGGCCCGUAGACCCCCCAAACAAAAUCUUAGGGGGGCAGAGCACCCCAACGUUUUGGUGCCAGAAAUAUCAAUAGUGCACCAUAAAAAUUGCAAACUAUUCAAUCUCCUGAUCUUUUCACAAAUCCUUUUAUCAGAAAUGGCCUUGGAAGAAUGAUAUGUAGUAAGACAUUUUUUGAACAACUCCAACCUGUGUUUGAAAAGCCAGAUAGUGUGCUGAGGAAAUUACACAUGAUUUAAUUUUGUAUGCAGUAACUCAAUCUAAUGCUAAACUGAUUUUUAAACUGUGCUCGAGAAAAAUGAAAGUUAGCAACAAAUUGAUUACAGACACACUUGAAACUGUGAAGAUUGUAAAGGGAUUUGCAUGUACCAAAAAUCAGUGAAAAGGGCAUUUUAGAAAAUUUAAGUGGGAGUAAAGGCUGAGCUAAAGAUAAGCCCCCCUCCCUUCGUGUUUUAAAAUGCUCUGCCACCUCUGCUCUUGCCUUAACGCUCUCUUAUUUGUCCCAUUUCCAUAAACUUUUUUACUUUUUUUUUAUUCUAUUGGAAUACAUUUAAGUUAACCUACUGAAAGAUUCUUGACAUGCACUUGUUGUUGAGCAUCUAGUGAUGUGAUUUGCAGACAGUAAUAAUUUGGAAUGUAGAUUUUUUUUAAGAAAGGGAAUAACUCGAUGAGCUAAACUGUUGUAGACCUUUUUAGGCUGUUUCAUUGUUGUAAACUUUCUUUAUUUGCAUACCAUUUGAAUUAACUAAUUUCAUCCAGGCUUGAAGUGGAUUUUUUAUCUCAAUAUCUCCUUGCCAUUCCUCUGGGUAGAAUAAGGUCUUUAGAUUAAAUGGAAGUAUUUUAAAUGGAGUCACUGAUUCCUUAGUAAGCGGCAUGGCAUGACGAUGGUAUGUACAUGUGAAAUAAAAAAUCAGAUUAAACUUUAGUACCUUUUGGUCAUUAUCAAUCCAUUGAUCUUGCAGGUAACUGAUAAUUAUGCCACAGCCUUGGGUUAUCAUUGGUGGGUCAGUCUUGCUACCUAAUGUUGGUGGUAUGCUUGGGGGAUUCAUCACCAGAUCUCAGAUUAAGGACUGGUUUGACAAAGGUACCUGAAAAUGCCUAACCAUUCAUUGUAUACUUAACAUAACAAUCAUUUUCAAAAUGGAAAGUCAGUUAUACAGUCCACCUGAGGGUGAAGAAAAUUGUAUGAUACAGCACAGGCAAAUGGAUUUCACUUGCCAACUGUCAAGAGAUUGUUGAAAAAAUCUAUUUUUUCGACAAUGGAUUAGGUGUAUUGAAAUACAGAAAAUGGUCACCUUAUCAGUUUUGAUAUUUGUAGUGUUCAUUUAGGAAACUACCUCAGAUUUUAAAAUUUUUCAUAGAAUGAAGAGAUUUUCCAACAACCAAAAAUUUUUCUGUAUUUUUUCCUGUUCAUUACCUUUGAAUUAAUCACUCUUUAGGGAUGUCCUACAUGUGCUUUCCUCCCAACCAUUUCAUAACCUUAAUUUUUGACAAUUAAGGAGGUUAUGUCAUAAUUUUUGUCUUGUCCAUUUGGUUUGACAUGAUGUUUCCAAUGAUUUUCACAGCCCUGCUUGUUGCCUUUUGAUAUAUAAUUACUUCUUGAAAUUUUGUCUUACUCCUUCAGCUAAUUUAUACAGCACCUUUUAAGCCAAGCAGCAAAAAUUGAUCUAAAUAGAUUUGACUUAGCUCCAUUAAGGCUACUGGGAAUUUUUUCAUAUUGUGUUAAGUAUUAAACAUUCAUUCCAGACUUAAAGAAACCCUCAUGGAGACCCCCAAACUGGCUCUUUGGGCCAAUGUGGACCAGCCUAUACUCUGGAAUGGGUUAUGCAUCAUAUCUUGUAUGGCGAGAUGGUGGAGGAUUUGAUGGUGAAGCAAAAACUGCACUGGCUCUGUAUGGGACAAACCUGGCUUUGAACUGGUUGUGGACUCCAAUUUUCUUUGGCUCUCACAAGUUGGGGCUGGUAAGGAAUGCUGUUGAGAUUUAAACCCUAUUUAACAAUUGUGGUGACACUGGCAGAGAGUGAUUAUUGUUUUAAAAAAAAUUCAUGAAUGUGAUACGAACUGCAAAGAUUUGUUCAUUGCACAGACAAAUUUGAGCUUGUUUUUCAAACUAUUUUACAAGACCGAAGAUAAAAGAGCAAAGGUCAAAGACACCCCCUUGUCCCCUGAAAUUUCACUGGGUUUUCUACCAUUGUAACACCCAUGUUAAGGAGAUAUAAAGCCCUCCCCAUCUAAUUUUCCCUUGUAACAAGGUAAGACUGACGGAGGGAUCGGAAGAGUAGAAAGAAAUCAAGAGAAUGUCUCUAAUAUGGCCCUAACCAACACUCUGCCUGUCACCCUCCCCCUCCUCAAAGAAACAAAACAAAAGCAAAAAUUUACUAUGCACAAUAUGAUUUAUUACAAUUUUGAUUUUCUCUCCUUCAUAAAAAGGCUUUUGGUGAGAUUUGUCUUCUGUGGCUGAAUAUUGCUGGUUGUGUUUACACAUUCUACCCAAUCAACAAACUUGCAGCAGGACUUAUGCUGCCUUAUCUUGGUUGGGUUACACUGGCUACAGCUCUUAACUAUUGCAUCUGGCAAAUGAACAAGCCAGCCAUAAAAGAAGAGUGAAGCCUUCAAGAACUACUGGAUCAGUUGUCUUAGUUAUGCAGAAAUCACCAACAGUAAUGCUCAGGGAUAUAAAUCAUAAUUAGGUUAGAAGAAAUUUAACUCAAUAAGUAAGUUGAAAUUGAUGAUUAUAUAAAAAUAAAAGUGUAGUUCCACAUAGGAAUUUGGUUUUUAAUGCAAAGUUUUGGAAAAUAUGUCAUUCUUAAUCAAACUUGUGUAUUUAAAAUGUGGAUAUAUUUGAGCAUGAUAUUGUCAGUACUGAACUCCGUCUCCAUGUAUUUUUGAAAGUCUCUAUGGACUUGACAAUAUGUUAAUGAGGUGAAGUGCAGUUUCUUCAGGGCUGCCAUGCUUUCCUAGGCUGAAAAAUUAUCGACAGUGAGAAGAAGCGCUGUGAAGACUACAUGGCUUGAACCUUCGUAAAAUAAUAAUUGUUUAUCAGCCAACUGAUUGUAUUUGAGUUCCAUUCUGAAGAUGCAUGUUAGAUUAACAAUUUUAAUACAAAACAACUGAUAGAUUUGUGUUUGCCAUAUGAAAUUAUCAAAAUGCUGAUGUACAAGAGAAAACAUGAUCCCAAAAGUGAUCUUUUCCAUAGUAAGGAAUAACAGCUCUUCAAUUAGUAAUUUAUAAUAUUUUUGAAAAAUAAAAGCCAUUUUUGUGUUCAACUGUGUUAUCUCACAUCCUAUACCUACAGAGGAAUUUCCCUCACACCUAACCCCUUUUGUAUUACCACGUUGUCUUGGUAACUACUCCUGUAUAGUGUUUAUGUUUGUGCUGGGAAAAGGGGAGAAAGGAGAGGACGGAAAAAACAACCAAGGGAAGUGCAUGUUUAAGUUCACAAUGGGAUCACAGCAUGCCCCUUACCUGUUGGGGUAAUUUAUAAAUCAUUUCACUUUAUUUUCAAAAUAUAAUAAUUUACUACAGAUGUUAUAUAAUUUACAAUUAUCUUAAUUAACUAGUGUAAAACUAUGUAAAAUGAACAUACAAACUCCUAUUUUGGACAAACUGCAGAUUUUCUAUAUGGGUGUGACUUACUUUUAAAAAUCCAUUUGACUUUCCUUUAAAAAAUAUUGAUUUGCUCCUGAUACAAAAUGAUUUACAGGAGUUUUUUACCUAACUGCUAAAAAAUUGAAUGAAGAUCAACUUUUGAGCUUCAUUUUUAGGAUGGUAACACAAAAUCUGUAUGUAACUGUAAUAAGUAAUUGAACAUCCUCUUAAGGCCAAUUAAAGAUGGUUUCUAAUGCUGUCUUCAUAUUAUUUACUUUAAUUAGUUUAUUUAAGUAUGAUGGCCUACUACAAAUGCAUAGAGUCACACAGUUUGAAGUGUAAACAUACCGCAACCCACAUACCACUCCAUGUAAACCUAUCAAUGUCAUGAGCAGAUCAAAUAGACCCUUUUCAAAAGUAGUAAUCCAGAG